CCCCGUGCGAGACAAACGGCGCCGCGUUGUCGCAGCUCGCGGGGCUCUGCCGUGGCCUGGCGUGCCCGCUGCCCGCCCGCAGGCGUGCCAGACACGCGUUCACAUGCUGCGCCCCGCGGCGUGGCCGUGUCGCUGUCAGCGGCUGACGGCGGCGUCCUGGCCGGGCGGAGAGUGCUCGUCCCCGACGUGAAGCGCGCGCGCGCGCGCGCGCCUCCUCCCAGAAGACACCAGCAGCAGCACAUCCAACCGCAGCACCGCCACUUUCCUCGUUCACUUACCUAUCCUAAUUGGCGCACGGUGCACCGAUUGAUAACGGCUACCUGGACGACCUUGGGUCCUUUGCGAACGCCGCCGUGCACCUGCGCGGCCCCACUUCGGCCCCCCCGCGCAUGGCUUCCUUGACGGCGUCGUCGUCGCGUCGGGGCGCGUAGCGUCGUGUAGCGUCGCAAAGCGCACAGAGCGAUUACGCCGACGCCGAGCGCCGCUUUUCUCACCCGGCGGGCCCCACUUAGUCAUUGGGCCGAGGCGAAUCAGUGCCGACGCACCGUGGUGUGGUGGGCUGACGCGUCCGGCCCCCGUCCACGUACUGCUGCACGCACCCGGCCACCACCAGCAGCAGUGGCAGCAUGGCCAUCUUCAGGUGCUGCUUCGAGACGCAGCUCAGCGACUUUUUCGAGCCCGUCGUACAGAAGUGCACAGACCCGGGCUGUUGUUGCUGGUGCUGUUCAGCCUUACGGCCUCGGUAUAAAAGACUGGUUGACAACAUAUUUCCCGUCAAUCCCCAGGAUGGGCUCAUUAAAAACAACAUGGAAAAACUUACAUUUUAUGCACUAUCAUCCCCAGAGAAACUUGACCGAAUUGGAGAGUAUUUAUACCAAAAAGCUGCAAGAGACAUUUACCGGAGAAGAAAUGGGCUAGUUGUUAUCGCAAUGGAGGCAAUGGAUCAGCUACUUCUAGCUUGUCAUGCACAAACAUUAAAUUUGUUUGUGGAGAGUUUUCUCAAAAUGGUUCAAAAACUCCUUGAAUCAACUGAACCUCAGUUACAGAUUUUAGCAACUCAAUCGUUUGUUAGAUUUGCUAACAUUGAAGAGGAUACACCCUCUUAUCAUAGACGAUAUGAUUUCUUUGUUUCUAAAUUCUCAGCAAUGUGCCAUAGUAAUCAUACAAAUCGUGAUUGGUGCAAUCAAAUUAGAUUAGCUGGCAUUCGAGGGUUGCAGGGUGUUGUCAGAAAAACAGUUUCAGAUGAUCUGGUUGAAAAUAUUUGGGAACCUGUCCAUAUGGAUAAAAUUAUGCCAUCAUUAUUGUAUAAUAUGCAAAAUGCCAGGUACCCUAUUAGCCAGCCUGGUAGUCCUGCUCCACAUGGUGAGGAGGACCGCCAAGAUCCUCCAACCUUAGCAGAAAGUUGCAUGCGAGAAUUGGUUGGACGUGCCUCAUUUGGGCAUAUUAAGAGUGUUUUGAGGCCUGUUCUCAGACAUUUGGAUCUUCACAAACUUUGGGUGCCCAACGAAUUUGCCAUCCAUGCUUUUAAAAUAAUAAUGUUUUCUAUUCAGUCUCAAUACUCAUAUACAGUUGUUGAAACUUUAAUGGCUCACUUAGAUGAUAACUCCACAUCAAGUCCUGAAAUCCGGACAAGUAUUGCUGAUGUUUUGUCCAAAAUAAUUGCCAUAGCAGCUGGUGAAAGUGUUGGACCAUCUGUUCUGGAAAUUAUAAAUUCUCUUCUGAACCACCUGAGGGUGUCUGUUAGUAAAUUAGCGAAGGCUGAAGAUUCUGCAAGACACAAGCAUGCAAGCAAAGAUGAUUCAACUCAUGAAAAGUUGUAUCAAGAAGCAUUGAUCAAUGCUUUGGGUGAAUUUGCUAACCAUCUUCCUGAUUAUCAAAAAAUUGAAAUAAUGAUGUUCAUUAUGUCGAAAGUACCUCAUUCAGAACAAGAUGGUGAUGUACUUUUGCAAAGUAUGCUGCUGAAAUCUUUGUUAAAGGUUGGGACAAAGUAUCAAACUAUUCAAUUGAAUCAAGCCUUCCCUGUUAACUUUUUGGAGCGGUUGCUGCGGAUGAGUGUUGGGCCAAAUCCAGAUAUGCGCCUAUUAGUUAACAAAAUAUUCCAUACUCUCUUAGAUCGUCAUCUUAAUUUAGAGAAGUUGUUGAAACCAACAGUUGAUGUAGACAGCUUAAAAUUGACUGUGACUAAAUCAUCCAGAUUGGAUGCUAUCUUCAUUAGAAAACAUGGAGGAGAUAUUUUCUUGACUCUAUAUGAAAGUCUGGAACUUCCAAGUAAUACUGUGGAGAAUAUUGAAGCUGCUUAUACCACAACUGCUCUUAUUUGUAUUGAACUGGUAUGUGAAGAAUCAGUGUGCGAUCUACUCCGUCUCAUCAUGAGUAUUCAGGAUCUUGCCUUGACAAGUUCUAAACUUUCGUUGCAUCAAAAAUAUCAACUUCAUGCUGUAGUGGCUUCUCUUCUAGCCCUUGUGCCUCACUGUGUGCCCUUAUCAAGUUUACAAACAUAUGCUGACAAGAUAAUUGCCACUCGCAUUGCAAAGGCACCAUACCUUCUUCCUCCCUUAAUGAGGCAUUAUGACUCAACUACAGUCCCAGCCGGUGAUGUUCUCCUUGACCAGCCUCAAAUUACAAGUUGUCUUGCUGAAGCUGGCCUAGAUGCAACUCAAAUGGCUCGGCCUCACACGGGAAGUCUGCAGCACCGCCAUUCAUGGGUUGACAGUGGGAUGGGAGGAAGUGCUGCUGAACUAAACAGCAUGGAAGUUGACAGCGUUUCAUCAUCUCCAGGAGUUGUAAAGAAAUUCCCUGAGGAAGAACUCACCUUUGAAUCCCUGAAGAGAAUUCUUUCACCAGAAAAUGUUGAAUCUCGCAAAGAGGCAGAUGAAGAAAAACGUCUUCGUUUAUGUGAAACAUACCGCAGUGCUUCUUUUACUGAACUUGUCCAGCACACACAAUCAAAGGGUGACAUCUUAAAUGACAAACUUAACCAGCUCCUUAAAGGAUUGGCAACAAAGCAAACACUUCGUUAUUUAUCUGAACGCCGCGACACUGAACGAGAAAGGGAACGAGAUGAUGACAGAAAAUCAGAGGCAGAUAGUGAAGAGGAGAGAGAUCACUUCGAUCGCCAUUCACCUCAUAGCCAUAGUCGAUCACAUAGUAGUGAUCAUCUUCCUCCUGCACCUCAACCACUAUAUGAAACCCUCUUCCCUGAGCUUUUUGUGUACUGAGCACCAACAACCAACUCUACUGGUAAGAUUGUUUUUUCUUAAAUUGUUCCAGGUUUAUUAUAUUGAAUUUCUAUUGUUGACAUCACAUACACAAAUGUACAAAGUUUUUACUUUGCUCUACCCCAAUCAUACUUUCUUGGUCACAGUGCUUUAGCACAGCAAUCUCUGCUCCAUGAUUGUGGUUCAAUCCAAACAAUUCUUCAAAUACUUGUUUGGCAUUGGAACUGAGAAAUUUCAUUUUGAGUACUGACCAUUCAUACAUACAUACAUAGUUGCAAUUUUCAGCUUGCAGCAUUAGUCCCUGUGAUAGUUAUUGAGUUUCUAUCCAUCUUAAAUAUUUCUACUGGCUGUAAAAAUGGGAAUUGAUCUCCCAAACAUAGGUAUGUGCCUUCAGAGGUUAUUAUUUUUUAUCAAAGCUAGUUAUUUUCCUUGAAAGAAGAUACUCCUGCUCACCAGUACAUGGCAUCAAAUCAUUUUUUUGACCUGCAUUAUCUUUAAUGCAACACUCCAUUGUCAUUUGUUCAUAUUGUCAUGGUAGGUAAGGUAGACAUGUCUUCCUUCUCAAUCUUUUUGUCCCCCUCUUUUUAAAUUGUGAAUUCUUCUCACAAUGAUGUGGUGUAGGUAUACUUAUUAACUAUUGUGUAGUUUGAUAUAUUUGUUGUGCUUCGUUAAAGCGCAUAUAUUUGAUGUUGAUUCUUCAGAAUUUUAUGUGACAAUAAGAUUUUGCAUAAAAUAAUUGUUAUUCACUCCUAUUGAUAUUGAUUAUCAGUAGUGUUCACCAACAUAUUAAUCGAAAGCUAUUUUUGUGCUUCUUAUUUCUCUUGCUCUGGAAAAAGUAUGUUAGGGCACUCAAGGUGAUAGCUGUCUUUGCAUCAUGUAUAGUACAAUCUUCGUACACACACAACACUUCUUUGAUUUUCUUGCUGUGAUAAACUGGUUUAGAAGGUUGAAUUUAAACAUUAAACAUUUCUGAUAGUCUACAAGUUUAAUGACGUAACUGGUUAACUUUUAAAAGCAAUUCUGUGGGUUUUUUCAAUCUACAUGUUUAUCUGAUUCGUUUGGGGACUUUCUUUCACCUUCAAUAUCAUCAUCUCAUUAUUUUUGAAAUUUAAAUUGAAGAUGUUACUUAUACUUUCAUUUUUUAUUUUUCUAACAUUCUCAUGUGGUUCAUUUUCAUGUUCAUAUUCAUAUUAUACUUGGUGGUUUUUUGUCUUCUGUGAUUGAAGCUCUUUGGAGCAGUGACUCGGUAGUCUCCCAUCUUCAGUUUUGUUCAUAUUGUCAUGUCAUUUACAACCCUUCUUCAAAACUUACUUUGGUAGAAUCUUAUAGAUGUUGUCUAGCAUUUCUUCCAUUGUAAUUCACUGACAGUUCAAAUAGCUAAUCAAGUAAACUUUGAUUGUAAGUUGUAAAGCAAUACAUACAUACAUACUGUUUGUGUAA